AUGAAAACAUUAAUGUCUCAGCAUCAAGAGAAAAACUUCAAUAGACAAGAUUCGGGUCUAGCCACGAGAGCAAUGAACAACCAGUUUUCGUCAGCAACUCAUGAUCCUCGAUUACCACGAAUAAAUCUUCCACGUUAUGAUGGAACUCAUCAAGAUUGGCUGUCAUUCAAAGACUUGUUCUCAUCAAUCGUUGUAGCGAAUAACUCAAUCUCGGAUACAGAAAAGCUUCAGUAUCUAAAAAGCUGUCUGCGAGGCCCAGCAGCUCAACUACUCGACUCCACGACCAUCUCAGCUGACAACUUUAUUCAAGCCUGGGAAUCUCUAAAAUCAUUCUAUGAUAGUCGGCGGAUUCUUGUCAAUUCCACGUUAGAUGGAUUCUUCGCAAUCAAAGAAGUCAAACAGGAAAGCGGAAUGGAAUUGGAAAGAUUAUAUACGUCAAUAACUCAAAGCUAUAGAACAUUGAAGACAUUAAAACGACCAGUCGAAUACUGGGACGACAUAUUAGUACACAUAGUAGUUCGGCAAAAACUAGACUCAAGGUCGAUCAGAGCUUGGGAACAACACAUAGGCUCAUCAGAUGAACCUCCGACGUGGGACAAACUGCAAACCUUCAUCAUCUCCAGAGCAAGAACCUUACGAGCCAUUGAAAAUUCGCAAGGGAAAAGGACAUCUAAAACAUUACGCCCACCACUGAAAAGUCAUUUCACAAGUCAUAACAACAAAGAAGAAUGGAAAAAAGAGUCAUGUCAGCUCUGUUCAGAGAAGCACAAACUUACUCGCUGUCCAGCAUAUCACAGGAAAACAGUGCAACAAAGAAACCAAGUUGUAAAGGACUUCAAACUGUGCUUUAACUGCCUGGGACCACAUCAGAUGUUCAAAUGCCAAUCAACAGCCAGAUGCCAAACCUGUGGUAGGAAACACCACACCUCGCUACAUGAAAAACGACCAUCUCCAACGAAUAAUGCAACGCCUUCAGCAUCAUCACCGAAACAAGUUCACCAUGUGCGAUCAGCUCCAGCUACCAUCAUUUUGCCAACUGCAAUAAUCAAAGUUUCUAACUCUGUUGGAGAAUUCAUACCCAUCCGUGCCUUGUUAGAUCAAGGCUCAGAGAUUUCUCUUAUUUCAGAAAAGAUAGCACAAAAGCUUCGCCUAACACGGAAACAGUCCUCACUUCCAAUAAUUGGUAUUGGUGCAUAUCAAUCAGGAAAUACUAGAGGAAUUACAUCAGUCAAAAUUCAACCUCGCUUCAAAUCAACCUUUAAGCUCACUGUUGAUGCUCACAUCCUUCCUCGAUUAACAUCAACAAUCCCAGCUGAAAAAACAUAUCCAGCUUCAUGGAAUCAUAUCAAAAAACUACGUCUAGCAGAUCCUGACUACACAGAACCAGGAAACAUUGAGAUGAUCAUCGGAGCUGAUGUUUAUGGAACGCUGUUGGAAAAAAAAAGAAAUUCUGGCACCAAGAGGGAAAUUGGAGACUCAAAGAAAACCUUAUCACCUGAUGAGAAAGCUUGCGAGGAGAUUUUCAAGUCAACUCAUUCAAGAAAUCCUCAGACGGGACAAUAUAUAGUCAGGCUCCCCUUCAAAUCUGAUCUUCGUCUCCUUGGAGAUUCAAGGCCAACAGCGAUGCGGUUGCUUCACAGCCUUCAAACCAAGUUCGCGAAUGACGCAGAAUAUCAUCAACUGUAUUCAUCAUUUCUUAAGGAAUACGAACAGCUGGGACACAUGAUCAAACUUCCCAGCGACACUCCACCUAAACAGCCAUCGUUUCUCUUGCCACAUCAUGGAGUAAAAAGGGAAUCAAGUACAACCACCAAACUAAGAGUCGUCUUCAAUGGCUCUUGCAAAACGAUAAACGGUCAACCUAUCAACGAGUUAUUGCAUUCAGGACCCAAGCUUCAGCUUGAUCUGUUCAACAUUCUCAUAUGGAUCCGCCAACACCGAUACAUGUUCUCAACUGAUAUUGAGAAGAUGUAUAGACAGAUUCAAGUCCAUCCAGAAGACUGGAAAUUGCAGCAGAUCCUUUGGAAAGACGAUGACAAAGUAAUCACAUUUCAACUGACCACAGUAACUUACGGGCUGGCGUGCGCACCAUAUCUUGCAUUACGUUCAGUUUUGCAGCUUAUCGAAGAUGAAGGAAAAAACUUUCCACUUGCAAUUGACACGAUGUUAAAGGGUAGAUAUGUCGACGAUAUAUUUGGAGGAGCUGACUCAAUCAAAGAAGCGGAACAAAAGGCGAAACAAGUGAACAAUCUCUGCAUGGCGGGCGGCCUCCCACUACGCAAAUGGAUAAGCAAUAAUGCUGAAAUACUCAAGGAAGUUCCAGACGAAUAUAAAGUAUCAACUGACGAAAUACACAUAAAAAAUCAAUCAGUCCCAUGCUCUUGGACUACUAUGGAAUCCAUCAGAGGACUACCUCCAUUUCAAAUUGCCACCGCAGCAGCCAAAGUUUACAAAACGAGCAGUCCUCUCCAAAAUAGCUCAGCUGUUUGA